AUGCCUCACUCUAAAUCCCGCCCACACUUCUGGCUCGCAGACAACGACGAGGAGAGCGCAGCCGCUGCACCGCAGCAACAACAACAACAAGUGCGCGGCUCGUACCUCCAGUCUAUCCUCGCUGGCCGCUCGGUCACUACCGAUGACGCGGUCUACCCCGCUUACACCGACGCCGUCCGCGCGGAUCGAGGCUCACGUGCCCCCCUUCUUCUCGAGAAGCAAACCUCGCGUCUUCUUCCCGAAUCCCCAUACAGCGGCUUCACCUCUGGCUAUGGCUCUGACGGCGACAACUACUCGGACGAGUACGAUGCGCCGAAGCGUCCGUGGCGCGCCAUUGUCUUGUUUCCUUUUAUUGCUGGCAUAGUUUACGCCGCAAUCCUCUUUUCCUACCUUGCCUGCGAUCCGUCCGCCACCACCGCCGCCGCCACCGGCACGUCUGGCGAAUUCGACCAGUGGAUCCACUCGCAGCGUCAACUGGCCUGGAAUGGUGUUCUCGCCAACAUUGGCCCAGCCGCUGGCGCCAUGGACGGCCUCGUCAUUGCUUCACCCAGCAAGGGCGAGCCUAACCAGCCCGACUAUUACUUUACGUGGUCACGCGACAGUGCACUGACCGUCUCGUCCCUCUUACCUUCCUUCCUUCCCGAUGACUACCUCCGCCCUUGGGAGUACACGACUUCCCCCCCACACGCUCGUGCACACAACCACACACACCCUCUCCUCGAAGGUCUUGUCCGCUCGUACGCCCGUGCGCAGGCCGAACUCCAGGUCGUGCCCAACCCGUCCGGUGACCUGUGGUCGGGCGGUCUCUCCGAGCCCAAGUUCCAUGUCGACGGCAAGCCGUUCACCCACCCUUGGGGCCGCCCUCAGCGUGAUGGACCUGCGCUGCGUGCGCUCGCCCUCAUCCCGUAUGCCCACUGGCUCCUCGACCGCGGGUACCCGGCCGACAGGGCGUUUGUUGUCAACCACCUGUACAACUCCAAUGCGCUGCGCCGUUCCGGCAGUGUCAUCAAGAAUGACCUGGAAGAGAUCGCCAACAUGUGGUCGCUGCCCAGCUUUGACAUUUGGGAGGAGCUGGACGGCCGCCACCUGUUCACCGACGCCGUAACGCGCCGUGCUCUCCAGGCCGGCGCCCUCUUGGCCAAGCGUCUGGGCGACACUCACGCUGCGGCAUACUAUGGCACCCAGGCGGAACGCCUCGCUCUCCAGCUUCCAAACCACUUCAACACCACUGCCGGGUACUGGGCUGCCUCCCACUCUGUUCAGUACACCACCCCGCGCGCAGGUCUCGACUCUGCGUCCAUGCUGGCCGUGAUCCAUGCCGGUGUCAGGCACACGUCCGAGGACGUGACCGACCUGGCGCCCAACUCGCCCGCCGUCCUGUCCACACUCCUCGCGUACGUCCGCUCCUUUGCCGGCCUGUACAGCCUCAACAGCGACAGCAGCAGCUGGACCGACGGCUGGCUGGUCGGCCGUUACGCAGAGGACGUGUACGACGGCGUGGGCUUCCGCGGCGGCAACCCGUGGUACAUUGCCACCUUCACCGUCGCGCAGGUGCUGUACCGCGCCCAAGCCGCCUUUGCCCUCGCGGACUCUGUCCAGCUCUCGCCGCUCACUGCCUCGUUCUGGGCCGACAUUCUCAACGAGGACGAGGACGACAUUCCCAUUGCUGGCGAGUGGACGCGCGGCUCGGACGAGUACGACGUUGCCACCCAGCGUAUUGGCGAGGUCGCCGACGCCUUCCUCCUCCGCGGUCUCAGUGCCGCUCGCCGCCACUACGGCAGCAUGGCUGAGCAGAUCGGCAGCAGCGACGGCAAGAACCGCGGCGCGCGUGACCUCACGUGGAGCUACGCGAGCUUCCUCGAAGUGGCGCGCGCGAGGGACGAGGCCAAGCUCGCCAUGGCCAUGGGAGGCGACGACGAUGUCGACGGUCGCGACCUCGACGCCGUCAGCGACCAGCUGUUCGCCGGCGAGGACGCCCUCUAA